CAAGCUGUGUCCUGGUUGUCUCCCGCGUAUUUCUCUACGUUAGGGUGUGAUGUAGGGCAGCUUCCGCUCCAGGCAGAGAACGCCUCGUCAUCGAGCUCGUGUCCUCGUGUCUUCGCGCGCGUCGCUUCACCGGCGAUCCUUCCACGCUACUUCGCGCGCGUAGCCGGAAAUCUCGAACCAGACGCCCGUCGUGCGAGGUGCCUCGCGAGAGACACGAUUUCGAAUUCGAAUACCUAUAGUUCGAAUAUCUUCGCGAUCACGUCUCUCCACGUCGCCCUCGCUUCAACGUCGUCGCGCGUAAUGCUCGAUCCGUCGACGCUGAGGGGGAUUUAAUUAUCGCCCGCGAGAGGUUGCUUAUUACUGCCUCGCAGAGAUAACCUCGUUAUUCCGUGUUGAUAUUUUACAUUUCGAUGUUUACACGUAUUCUGUGAUAUAUAGAUAUAAUUAGGAAACAUUGACACGAGACUGCAUAAUUCAUCGCCCUUUUGUUAUCGUCUCGAUCAAGCUCUAUCGGCGAUGAGCGAAGAAGCGAAUACAGAUGUAUCCUACUUGAGCUGUGAUAUAAAUGGCACGAAAUAUAUUUACAAACUCGCGCCGUCACCGACUGACAUUAUGAAAGAUCCGAGUGAAGAACAAAAUGCAAUUGACAUUGCCAAGGAGGGAAGUGAGUUGGACAAUGGAGAAGAACCGAUCUCGAUCGUGUGUCUGAAUGGACAGCUGUACGCGAUUAAGGAUGGAGUGAUCGAAGAGGUGGAUACCAAUCAGGCUGUAGAACGGACGAGUUGCGACGAAACGUCGUUCUUGAUAGCGAAGGACACGGAGAGCAACGAGACUGACUACAUCACCAAUGAGGAUAUGGUAAUCGAAAGGCCCACAAAGUACAGACAACCCGAGGAGCAAUAUGAGGUCGCUACAAAGGAGGAGGCGGUAAAAGAUUUCGUCGCAGAGGACGAUAGUAACGUUAACUUCGACGAUUUCUUAGAAGUUGUGACUGCUUUCAAAUGCAAGAUGUGCACCUACCUGUCUCAGGACAAGAUGCAAUUGUUAGAUCACAUUCAGAAACUACAUUUAAACUCUACUGUAGACGUUAAACCAAAGGACGAAUCUAAAGUGGAUGAAGUAAGAAUAGUUUAUAUGUGUGCGGAGUGUUCCAACUGCUUCCAUUCUUUUGAGGACUGUAGAGAACACAUGAUUAAUGAUCAUCAAUUAAUGGACAUUGGGAGUGAUGAAGCUGGAAAAGAAAAUUUGACAGAUGAAAAUCUGACGAAUCCUGGCUUGGUAACUGAACACGAGGAUCAACAUAUCGAAAGCGGCGAGGCGGAAAAGAGUCCAGUAAAGAUUUCGAAGACCUUGAAAUUGAUUCAGAACCUUGAGUCAGAACUUGAUUCAGAAUACAUGCAUAACAGAAAAAUGAUAGAGUCAGAGGAAAGAAAUGUGAGGUGUUCUUAUCAGGGCUGUCCAUACAAAUUCGCCUCGGAGGAAAUUAUGCAGCAGCAUGUUCUCUGCCAUACAGAAUCUGAAACUGCAACGACAUUCAAAUGCAGCGUGUGUCGAGAUAUGAAGUUCCCAAAGUGGCGCCAAUGUAGCUUGCAUUUAUGGAAAAAGCAUCAAAUCGACAUAGAUUUGUUUACCUGCAAAAUUUGUAAAGUCUACAAGAGCGCUACCAUAGUAAAACUCUUGACGCACAUGAGAGUGCACAGCGAUAGCCGUGACUACAAGUGUCCUGAUUGCGAGAAAUGCUUCAAGCAAGCCAGCCAGUUACGCAAUCACCGUAUAAUGCAUUUAGAUCGCAAAACGUUAGAGGCAACUCGGUGGUACACUUCAAAGAAAUGCGAAAUAUGCGGUAAAACUUAUGCGAACUCGAAGUGUUUAAAGAAUCACAUACAAGCAGUACACUCCAAGCUACGUCCGUACGUUUGUAACGUUUGCGGUCAUGCUAGCGCCAGAAGGGCGAUGUUGCAAAUGCAUUUGCGUCAGCACACGGGUGACAAGCCCUUCAGCUGCGAGAUUUGUGAUUACAAAACUGGAGAUCAUAAUACCUUACGACGGCAUAUUAUGCAACACACGGGAUUUCGACCGUACAAAUGUCCACAUUGCUCAUAUACCGCGAUACAGAGCAGCAGUUAUAAGAACCAUUUGAAAUCGAAGCAUCCUUUACUGUCUGGCUUAUUUACAUGCGACCUCUGUCCUUUCAAGACUGUGAAAAAUGAAAGUUACAUCCAGCACUUAGGAGACCAUGAAAAGGGUUUAAUAAAAUCUAACGUGCAGAAAAAAGAUAACGAGAAUGUCGAAGUCUUUCCCGGCAAUAUUGCGGCGGCGCAAUUAGUUUAUAGUUGUUUAGGUGCCUUUUCGAAAGACGGGGAUACGUUAGAAGCUAAUUUGAUGUCUUCCUCAACGUCCGCUGAUGGUACUUCUCAAACAAUCACGAUACAGAUACCGUCGAAACAUCUUCAGGGUUCAUUAUCAACAAGAGAGAGUUUAAACAAAAAUGAUUCUACUAUUGAGCAAGAGGAUGACGAGACGAUGCAUUGCUUCUUAAAGAUUCCUAGAGAAGAGGAAGAAAGUAUAGACACUGGCGGUAUAACGAUACCUGCGGAGCCUGAAGAAAGAAGUAUUAGAACAAUUGAUAUUGAAGAGACAAACAUAACAGCCAGUGACAUUGAAGAGACAAAUGUGACAAAUAUUGAUAUUGAUUCGUGAAAUUAUAAAGCAUCAAAUCAUAAAGUAAUAAUUAAUGUCGAAUAAUAAAAUGUCCUCCAAUAUGUUCAAACAAAUGAUGACACAAUGUUGCAUGUUAUGAUGACAAACAAAGAAAAGCUAGUCAUAUAUCAAUAAUUAGUUUUUUUUUUCAAUAAUUUCAAGCAAUAAAAAUAUGGAAAUAUGUUAAUGUGAUAUUUUUGGAUAUGUAUAAACAUUAUGGAAACAGUUCUAAUUUAAAUUUAGAAAUGUUAAUUGUAUAAUACUUAUUUAUUAAUAAUUUUAAUAAAAUUAAUUUAACAAAACUGUUGAAAAAGAAUCACAAAAAUUGUUUCGAGUUAUUCUUACUAAUCAAUCAAAUUACAAACUUGUUGUAUAUGUCAAUGCAUGAUAUGUUAAAUUAUCAUCAGAUCAUUAUUUUCAUGCUAUUUCAAAAACUUUAUUUUACCAUUAUUCGGUGUUUCA